GCCACGCCUACUAGCAGACUCAGCUGAAUUCCUUCUCUAAUUAUUGUUGUGUUCAUUAACUAGUCUAAUCCAGUUAGGAGCCUAGAGUGAGUUAAAGAUGGCUACUGGAAUGGAAGAGGAUCAAACAGAGUGGAAUGAUGGGCUCUCUCCUCCAGGGAAAGAUUUGACUAUAUCAAAUUUCUUUGACACUGAUGAGAAAGAUGUGACUGGAAUUAAUGUCUUUGAUACGAAAGCAAUGGACCAUGUCAUGAAAGAAUGGAGGAACGACGCACAUAAAUAUAUGAAGAAGAAAGGUGGUAGUAAAGAAGUGGAAGAGGUCAAACCAGAAGAGAUGGCUCUACAAAUUGGAGGAACUAUAUUAUCAGAAGGUAGACGAGGUAGGAUUAAAGAUGACAGGAGUGCCACUGACCCUCCGUUACCAUCACAAUCUUUAAAAGAAACUCCUAGGGACAGGUUCGUCACUAGUCCACCCGAAUUACGCUCAGUAGACCAAGCCACACCCAUUGUAGCCAUGCAACGACCAGUUCCCUCGUCAAUAUGGACUGUCCCUACAAUAAGAGAGACAGUUGAUCGUAUCCUGGUUGAUGAGCCGUUUGUCCUCGAGUGGUACAGGACACUGGACGAGAAGAAGGGGCUACUCAAGGAAGCCAUUUCAACUCAUGACGGUAACACCAUCAUCACGAUAGUCCUCUUCUUAAGAAGCACCCUUAGCAAAGCAAUGUUUGAAGCACUGCUACUCAGUUAUGUUGAAGCAGCCCAGCACUACUGUAGCUUCUUGAGGCAGAACACAGCCUGGGAACAACUCAAGAAUGUCUACUAUGUCUUGGGAGAGGAAAGAUAUGCCAUGCUACAGUACCAGUUGGCUCACAGUAAUGAGUCCAUUAAUUCACGUAUUAAUGCUGUGGAAAAAUGCGUCAGGUUAUUAAAAGAUAAGAGCUCAUUAAAGAAUGAACAGUACUACAUUGAAGAAUAUUGGAAUUUAUUGAAGAGACAGCAAAAGAUGGAAGAGGUACGUAAGGCGCUCCCUCCUUCAUCAGUCAACAGGUUUCAGAGUACUCCUUUGCUUGACUCCACCCUAGUGACCAGCCUAAUGUAUUGCUGUAGAUUUCACAUCAACGAUCAAGAUCCUAUUGUUAAUCCUGAGGUAUUUAAAAAAGAUUUCAAAAUAUCGGAGAAGCAGUACUUCAUUGUGUUACUGGGAUCACUCUGUGCCAGGAGAGACUGGCCAGCCAUUGAUACUAUACUGACUCCUAAAAGUUUUUCUGCAAAACUGGGUUUCGGUAGUAAAAUAAAAGCUCCCAUUUCUCUUCAACGAAUAAUCAGGAUAAUUGGAAAAAAGACUUACCUUGCUGAUGAAGAUUUUCUAGCGAAAUACAUAAAGCAGGUAGAUGAUCUUGAAUUGAGAUUAGAACUAGCAACCAAGUACCAGUGCUAUGGUGUGGGGAUUGAAGUGUUAAAAGGUUUUAAAGAUAUCGACAGGUUGAAGACUUACUUUGAUCAAAUUCCAGUUGAAAAACAGAGAAAAUAUCGCCCAGCUUUAGUUAAACUGUUCUCUUAAUUAAUUAAUUAUUAUUACUUUCAGCAGCAAUCCUUUCUUUAUAUUUCUUUUUACAAAAUGACAUCUUAAUACUGUAGUUUAAUCUAA